AUGCACAACACGCGCGUCGAAGUCGACGCCGGUCUGCUCGAGGGACGCGAAGAGCAGUUCGUUUUCGAAUGUCCCAGUACGCGGGGCAUUGCCUACUACGUCGAAUUCUUGCUGUUGCUGGCGCCGUUUCUGAAGUUUCCGCUGCGCGCAGUGCUGACUGGACUCACGCACUGCGCGACAGACGCUGCCGUCGCCUCGCUAGCGCAGACUUCGCUUUUCGGCAAAGAGAAGGCCGGCAAAUCCCCUGGCUUCGGGCUUGAGCUGGUAGCUGAAACUCCAUCCUCCUUGCGCUUCGCCGCGGACUUUUGCGUCGCAAAAUCGCAGUCCUCUUCUUGA